AGACAUUCUGUGUCAGGACUCCGUUCAGUGCACAAUGAGUACCACAUAGCAGUGCACCCCGGUGGAAAAAGAAGUGACUUUUCUGUGUGAAUUAGUGAGACUUUAGCACCGUAUCAGUGACUCAUUGCAAUGUUACAGCCGAGAUCCUGUUGGAUCGCAGCCGCCCUUCUGCUUGCAGUGUUAGCGAAAGGAGACGGCGAAGAUUUGCUCAAUGGAAGUGAAGACGGCAAGAGGUGGAAGAGGGAGACCGGAGAUGUGACUGUUCUAUCUUUGGAGGAGAAUGGGAGGUUGCGGGAUCCGCCGGUGGGCGUACUCUCGUCGACGGCACGUACCUUUGUUAACAACGGAGCGACGACAGAGUUUGCUACACAGAUACUCGGGACGACAGUCGGUAAAACCUACGCGAAACUGCUUAGCACGGGAUCCCGGGUGUUCUACGACAGCUCGAGGCAGGCGAAAGACCCUUACCUGGUCUUUCCGACCAUACCGGGGAUAAGCCCGACGAGGAGCCAAGUGCAGUACCAGACCGCGGAACCGUUCACUCCGUCGUCCCAAGAGUCUCCGACGAACCUGCCUAGUUUGAACGAGAUAAAGGAAGAACCGGCCACGACGCUUCAACCGAAGAACGUUAUAUCCGUGAGAAAAGAGUUUUCAGUCAAGAAGAACACCGAAGUGAAGCCGGCCAAAGUGAAACCGAACGGCAAUCUGCCGACGGUGACGAUCAAAAAUGAAUUCGCCCCGAGCGGUUACUCGGAGCAAGUAGACACCAUCAAAGAGCCGAAAAAGUCGAGACUCGGCAAGGGACUUUUCAGAGGAGGUGUUCAAAUCAAGAACGAGUUCCAAAAGUUUGACACGGUCACUUAUGUCGGGUUCGCGGACUUCACCACGACUGUCGGUAACACGGUCAUCAUAUUUAUGCCCAAGACUGCGGCGGCUAAUACUGGCCCGGUGACGUCGAUCGCUGGCGCUGCCACUCUGCGGCCGGAAGACGCUUUACACCCGGUUGUGACCACUGUCAAAACGUUCAUGUCUCAUUCUCCAGCGAUGGCGACGAAAACAGUAACCGGUCACAAUUUGAACGUGCAGACCUCUCUCCCUACGGUUCAAGCCGACACUAGAGCCAGCAAAGCGUACAACCCCGUUUUCGUCACUGUCGAACAGUACCCGACGACCGAAGAAAUCCCGACUUCUGAGCAUACAACGGCUGAAGGUACGUCGGAAUUCGUGACGGAACAGACGACGACGGAACAAGACGGUCACAUUUUCGAUAGUUCCGAACCGGACAUGCCGAUGGAAGAAGUGACUCCGACAGAAGCUCUCAAAUUAGGAUAUACUUAUACUACGACGAAAACAAGGGUGUUCAUUCCUGGGGAUGAGCCUUUAGGGCUUGCCAAAUCUAUAGCAGUCAUCCAAGCGUCAGACUCCACAACGACUUAUCUGACUUCCUUUUUGUUCGGUACGAUCAUAGAAGGGAGUUACACUCAGCUCACUCAAGUGGUCUCUAGUACGGCCACUCCGAAAGCAAUAACCCCGACUCCUGUGCUGUCUAAGCCGACAAUUACAGCCGCUGAGACUACAACUGAAGAUGCCGACACGACGAGUACCACAGAAAAUCCUCCUUCUACGACAGAACAGAACGAUGAUAUUACCACCGAACAAAACGAAGAAAACAAGAAUGAUUCUGACUAUAUCACUAAAUUAGUUCCAACGACUGUGCACAACACUUACACUUAUUUCACAACUUUCUUCAUCCCUAAAGGAGAAACGACGAGCACAUCCGUCAAAACUAGAGAAGUCGUCUCUGAUGAAAUCCGUUACGUCACUACUGCAGUUCCUCAAUACGAAAACACCACUCCUCCGGAUCUAAAUAUAUCUCCGACAGGAGUGACCGAAUCGUAUCAGACAACGACCCCGGAAGAGAUCGGUUCGACUACAGAAGACACCCCGUCCGGCUCUACACCACAGCUCCCCACCGAUAUCACGACCAACGUCAAUCCUGUCACUCAAGACUACGGCAAUCCAGAUACAACGACACUCGAACCGACGACCACUGAGAAAGAAGAAGAAGUGGAUAUUAUAAUAAGGACGUUAUAUACGACAUACACUUAUCUGACUACAUUCUUCCAAGAGUCGACGACCAGCGUCAGGAGUAGGGAAGUCGUUGAAACCAAUGUAGUCACUUCCACUUUAGACACGAAUAAUUUACCCGAAGCGACCGACCCUGCUGUAGCAGGAUUGUUUAAAUCGAUAAAGCCUACGAAUGUCGUUGAAAACCUUUCUUCGGACAAGUCUCCAGAAGUGCCCUCGCCCGUCGAAGAAUACAAAACGUACACUUAUUACACGACCGUUUUUGUUGACGGUGAAACAUUGAUAGAAAGCAGAACUGAAGUCGUGAAAGAAACAAUAAAUCCGACUUCGGUGAGCCAAGUACAGUAUAAAACAGUUUUGACCGAUGAAAACAACGUUGUACCCAAAGAAUAUCAAAACGCAGACGGAUCUGAUGAAGCUUUGGAAAACAAAAAAAAGCCGGCUUACGGAACGAUAUCAAGACCGGUAUUCCACGGAUCUCCUUCGUCUGAAGCACUAGUAGACCCUAAGUUGCAAUCCAGUAUCGACGACACUUAUUCAUAUGAUACGACGAUGUCGAGAAACGACAGAGUAACGUCCACAAAGCCAUUUGUCGGAAAACCGGGCGAAAGAGACCUUUUGUCGGCUAGAGAAGAAUUGAAAAAAGAAACCAUAUCUGAUUUCGAAGACAGCGAGUAUGUGGAAACUAUAGUAACCGAUGUCACGAGCAGCAGCUCAGGCGGCAAUCGUCGCAAAUCAUACGAAGAGUACGAAUCGAAUCCGAACGAUCAAGUAAGUGCUGAGAGCAACACUGAAGAAAUCGAACCGUCGUUCUCACCGACCGUGCUGCUUCAGACAAGCUACACUACAUUCACAUACUUCACAACAGUUUACAAAGGCACGUCUAGCGAUGUGAUCAGUCGGCUAGAGACUGUUACGAACUUAGUUACAGAAACUGUUAGACCCACAGAAGUAGAAACCAAUUUAAGUCCGGAAGAAGCGACACUGCCCAUAACUUAUUUCACAACUUUUACUUAUUGGACUACUCUCUACAAAGGAAAAAGCACGAUGAUCACAAGCAGAGAAGAAACCGUUUCCAAUAUUGUCACGCCCACUUUAUCCUCAUCCACUAGUCAAUCGAUUCUCUUAACAGAAACCCCAUUGUUAUUAGAAACCCCGUUAUCCCAAUCCGUGGAAAUCAUUCCGACUUCAGACGCUUCUCAGGAAUCUGUUUCUCCCGUUUCAGCAGAUCUACCCACCGUCUUCCCUGACCAGACAUCGGAAGAGAUCACCGCAACGCCAACCUCUUCAGAAGUAAUAUUAGAGCCGACAACAUAUUACACAACUUAUACAUAUUUCACGACUUCUUAUAUCGGCAACGAUACUGUUAUAAAUAGCCAUUUAGAAACUGAAACGAACGUCGUCACACCGACAGCCUCUGAUAGCCAGUCGUUACAAACAUCCGAAGUGGAAUCGUCCUCCACUGUCGAUGCUGUUGAAGGAGAAUCUACCACAACUCCCACUCCCAGCCUACAACCGACAGGAUUGAUUUCGACGAUAAGAAGCACCGUGAUCAACGAAGGAUUGACGACCCUCCUCAAUACAGACGUUUAUGGAACUUACAUUGACGGCUUGUACGCUCAAGUUCUCGAGAGUUCGUCUGAAGUUGUCACCCCAACAGCUUCGUCAGCGGCAAAACUUCAACCCACUGGAAUAGUAUCUUUAAAUGAAGGCAAAAUAGUCGAUGCGGCUGGUAUAUCGACUACUCUCUUUACUACUAAAGCUAUUGGAACGUAUAUAGACGACCUUUACGCUCAAGUGGUCGAAAGCACUUCUACUGUUGUAGUUGACGAAGAAAAGAAAACUGCUAAUCUGGAAGCUCCGCCAUCUACCACAAUGAUCGGGUCCAAGGUGUUUACAACAGGCCUCGUACGGCUCAUCGAAGGGUCGGUUAUCAAAGACAAAGACGUCACGACCUUUUACGAGUCUAGAGUCAUCGGAACCAUAAUCGACGGAAGGUACGCUCAAAUAAUAGAAAGCACGUCGAGCUUCAAAUCUGACCUUCCUCAGACUACGGCAGUUUCUCCGACUUCCACGGUUCCUCCCGGAUCUGUCAUUUCGCCCACGGUGACGUCCACGGCACCGGGACCGGCAGCGAUAGAAAGUUCGUUGAACAACGAAAACGAAGACAAAGAGGCAGACGGAGGGGACGAUGACGAAGACGGACAUUUUAAAUCAAGGUUGAGUUUUACAUCGAAGAAAAAACAAUUUACUCCUGUGAUUCGCCCAUUUUCAUCGAGACCGAGGCCGACGUUCCUUCCCAAAAAGAAAACCGGCGACCCGGCCACAACAAUUACGCGAACCUCUUUUACACCCACAGUGACUGCGACUCCGGCGUCAAAAACCGGUUUUGGAUCGAGUAGAAACAGAUUCGCACCUAGUAGAAAAUCGUCGAGCGCGGAGUUUAGACCAACUACUUCGAGUUCUAGGAGAUAUUCUCGCCCGAGAAGCAGUUCUACUCCUACCUUUGGAGGUGGGCGUAGUAGAUCUUCAACUAAAGUGCUACCGACUAUUUCCUCUACUUCAGCCCGUAGAGGUGGAUUCAACUACCGAUCGACUGGAAGGCCGAACCUUCCCAAUUUGUCCGCUAGCUCCUCUAGGUUUAGAAUUAGACCUACUCAAGCCAACGGGAGGUUUUCCGGCUCUUCUACUUUAGCAGAAGACGUCAAUAUCAAUGAUAUCACAGGAGCUGCAGCGGUUACAGAAGAAAUUGAACAAAAUACACAUCCGGGUGACGAGGAAGCGGUGACGGCCGCCCCUACGACUUCGACGGAAUCACCGAGACGAGCCAAUAACCCAUUGCUCAGGUUCAGAAGGCCCCCGAUCCUUCAAAGGCCGAGUACGACCACCACAACUACGCCCAAGCCGUCCACCACGCCCAAACGGAGUUCGUUAUUACGCCGCCCCGACAGCAGGGCCGGAUCUUCAUACAACGCACCGAAAACCCGACCAGUACCUAGUUUCACCAACAACAGGGUUAAACAAAGGCCAGCGGGCAACUUAUUCCCGCCGAGAGGCCUGGCUAGAAAACAGCCUAAAGAAGAAUUAGAAGAAAAAGAAGAAAACGAAGAAGAUCAAAUAGAUGAAAGUGGAGACGACAUUCAAGAUAACGAAUACGAAGGAUCGGAAACGGCGGAACAGACUUCUUCGACGACGACCGAACCUCCGAGAUCGAACAGAAGAAGAUCAAAAGGUUUCAACCAAGUUCAAAUCAGGCCGUUCACGAGACGUCCAAGGACGAAAAGACAAGCGUCGGAAUACGGGAGCCGCGGGUACACUGCUAGGUACCGAAGGCCUUCUACAAGAACGACCUCCCCCGAUUAUUAUUACGACGAAGUCGUUCAAGAACCGGUGAAACCUGCGACCAGAAGUUAUUCGUCAAGAUCACGGGGUCAGUCGAAUUACCAACAGAACCAACAGAAGCUCCGCCCGUCGCCUACUUCCAGCACACCGCGACAUCAAUUCACUCUGAGGGAAAGGACGUCUCAAACGACAGCGAACCCGAGACUGAACAAUUUCAGAAGGCCCACGUCAUCGCCUAGGAGGAGAGUAUCGUCCGAAUUGACGACUGUGUCACCAAGACAGAAAUCCUCGUCUCGGUCGAGAAAUCCGACUACCGAAGCCACCACUUUCACAAGGGGUAGCAGUCGGAGAUACAACUCUCAAAGAAAAACUACAAGGACUAACAGAUAUAGGGAUAAAAACGAUUUCGACCCUUACGUUACUCCAGCGUUUGACGGGACUAUCACAGUGACGCAUAAAAUUCCGACAGAAGUCACCAUUCCAGUUUUUAACGGUAAAAGUACAGAAUACAAAAAUGUGAUAACUGCAAAGCCCAGCCUCGAGGUUCUGGGGCCAUAUCAAUACACGAGCUCUUUCGGAAAAGACGGAAAAUCCACCAUCCAGCUCACAAGUGAAAUCACUUCCACGCUACCUAAUGGAUUUAUGGAAGUGACGAAAUUUUUAGUUUACGAAACACCGACUACCAGUGUCACUUUUACCCCGACUACCUUGCGGGGUAGGAAAACGUCAUUCUCUCACAUUGUACCAAGCACGAUAUACGAAGUACGACCUGAGAUCAGCACUGUCCAACCCGAUCUAGGAAACGCUCCUCUAGCGAAUCUACUACUAUCGCAGUUGUUACUGGGAAAUUUGGGCAUGCCGAACACUGUUGUACAAACACCGGGAACACCGACGACGGAAUUCAAGACCAAAACGACAACCUACGUCACAACGGUCACUUCCCACACAUCCACGGUACUCCCUCUGACCUUCCGAGGUAAAGCUAUAACCACAACUAUUGUCGACAGUUCCACUCAAGUGAUAACGGCUACUGAAUAUCUCACCGAGACGAUCGUCGUGACGCCAACGGCCGUCGUCGCGCCGCAGAUCACCAAUCAGCUCAACACGCUUUUACUCCCGGCACUCCUUCAAGCUCAGCUUUUGGGAAAUCAGCAAAAGCCUAAAAACAAUCAGCAGGACUUUUUAAAUACGAAAGUUCAAGACGACGACGACGACGACAUCGAACAAAGGUACAGCAAAGAUAAGGACGACGACCUGGAAGACGAAAGGCCGGUGAGGGAAUCCGUCGAAGAGCCAGUGCAAAAAUCGAGGAAAAAAGGUAAAAUAAAAGCGCCGGAUAAGCCGAUCCCGACCAGCGUGGUGACUUUAUACGUCUCUGGAAAGCACCCAGGUGAAUUUACUACUCUUCUGUCAACUGUAGUUGGUGGAGACGAAUCAAGUUCCUUGAGAAAGCGAGAAAUAAGUCCGAAAGAUCUUAAAUACUACAAAAUUGAAGCGUCGAAGUUGCCGCAACUGGGAAGUUCCUUCUCGGAUGAUCUGAGCAAUUACGUAACGCCGGUCCUCGAUGAAGUCGUCAUAGAGAGUAGCGAAAUAGAAACGCAGAGUCUGGAAAGCGUAAUAGGCGACGUCAGUAAGUAUUUAUCCAGUUCGUACAAAGACGACCGAAUCCAAUACUCGACUACCGGUCAUUUUUUAUUGAAAGGCCUCGCUGAGUCUGCUCCGGAUCAGCGGAAGGCCUCUUCAAGGAGCGACGCACCGUUGAGGAGAAAACGUCAAAUUGAACAGGACCAACCAAAACGAAAAUUAAUAAGGAUCAAAGUACCUAUCGUGAGAGCGAAACCCGUCCGAGAAGAGGACGAAGACGAUUACGAUUCCACGACCGAGCAGGCGACCCGUCAAUCACCGACUGAAUAUUUUUUCGAAGAACCCACUACAGAAAGGAAUGUGAAAAGAGUAAGAGUGGCUAAGAAAAGAAUUUCUGAAAUGGUCGGUGGCGAAACUCCAAAAAGGAGAAUUGUCGUCACGAGACGACGCCCGAUUGACCCGAUCGAAGUAGAGCCGACGGAAUACAUAAAAGAAACGGAGGAAAGCCCUCGGCCGCUUCACGAGACCAUCCAACCGAAAAGGAGGAGGAUAUUAAAGACCAAAAAACGGCUUGUGACUCAAGAUAGUGGAUUUACCGAACCGACCCAAAGAAGGAGGAUUACGAUUACAAAAAAGCGACCGCUACAAACAGAAGACAUACAGAGUUCACCCGUGUUGGACAUGUCGACGCUAUACAACUAUCAAUAUUCCAUACCUUCGGAAGAAGGGAAAGCGAGCGUCAUGGUUUCUCAGGUGUUCAUGAGCGGCCCGGACAGCGUCUACCUGGCGCCGAACAUGGAAGACAAAAUCAAAGAGAUCUUAAACGAACCCUCAUUCGAACUCGAAAGUGGUAAAACAGAAAAUGAACGCGAAUCGGCCAGUUCUCAUGCCGGCCAACCGAAAAUAGUGCGACCGGUGAAGCCGACGGUGAUAAGGGGCGACACUCUGUACAGGGAAACGACGAAAUAUGUAGAAAGUGAGACAGAACACGCACCCACGACGCCGUUCGAAGAACAAUACGUGCAGUCGACCCCACAGGACUCGGAACAAAGACCGACGACAGAGCCGAAUGUCUUCGAAGAGAACGUGACCACGCAGCCGGAUUCAGCCAACGGCACGGAAGAUCGACAACCGGAAUCCGAUGUUGAUACGAAAGAACGCAAGACAGAAUCCGAUGAUAAGGAAGAACAACAGCCGGAAUCUUAUGAUGCUACGGAAGAAGAGCCGGAAGAAGAAGAAGAGCCAGACACGUACGAAGAAUACGAAGAUUUCGAGCCGACGCAGACCCCUGAAUCCAAAGACGAAUACGAAGAAGAACAAGAGGCCGUUACAGAAAACCAAGAAGAAAAGUUCGAACUCGACCCGACUUUCGUCACGAUUUUCCCGUAUGACGACGUGACGGAAGACGUCACACAGACGGUCGUACCGACGACCGAAUAUGAGACUGUGACAAAGACACUGACAACUACCAGACUCAGGACUUACACUUACGUCGUCACGAGGGUGAGCGGAAGCGAACAAAUAAUAACCUCUUCGACCUCUGUCAAACCCGAUGUGAAGACGGUGACAGUCACGGAAACCGUUCCCGUCACACCGACAGCCACAGCAAAUACUGAGAUCGGCAGAGGGCUGUACGUUGUUGAGCCACGAUACAAUUUGGCCACUAAAGUAAUGAGCAAUGGAGUGGAGGUGAUCGUCGCUGGGGGUAAAAGCACGCUUCCUGGCUCUCCUCAGCUUAGGGUGAUCCCAUCUGGCCUGGCCAAGCCCAUAACUCUAGCACCUAGCACGUUGACGGACCACAUGAUGAUGCUGUUGCCUCAGGAGAGUCAAAAACCGCAUAACGAUUUCAUAACGAAAACAUACAUGACGACGUACACUUACCUGACGACUUUUGCUCAAGAAGGAUCCACGGUGGUUUCGAGCCGAGAAAAAGUCGUAUCGAACGUUGUGACGGAGGAGGUCAAUCCGAGCAAGACGAGGCCCGUCGACCACUUCACCCUUACCAGCAGCCCCGAGCUGAUGACAGGAGUGUACCACACCACGUACACUUACUUGAACACGCUCGUGGACGGUGAACUUCCUCUGGUCGUGACGUCAAAGAAGACAGUGUCGAAUACGGUCACCGAGCAGUCCAAUUUUAUCCAGCCUUCAGAAUUGCCAGUUCAAGAUACCAAUACAUACCUAAGCACAGUUGCCUAUACGAAAACGUUGAGUGAAGGAGAUGAGAUGAAAGUCGUGAGUACUGAAGACGUCUUGACUCAAGUAGUCAUCACUGAAUCGGAUUACUUACCUUCAUCGUUGUCUGAAGAAAUCCGACCUACUGCCAUCACGACGGACGUGACCAAAACUUACUUCGCCACUUACACAUAUUUCAAGACGAAAGUUGAAGACGGUAAGACCAUCGUCAACACGGAAGUGGCAACGUCUUCGGAUAUAGUUACCGAAACGUUCACGAUACAGCCGAAGAAGACGUCGACGGAGGUCGCACAGACCCCAGAGACUAAAGUCCACGAAACUGGAGACCAGUCGGAUUCUCAACCGAUAAAUCUUUUCGCCACGAAAACAUACCUGACCACGUUCACCUACUUUACAACUCUGCUUCAAGACAACAAAUCGCCCAGUAUAGUAGUUAAAUCGAGAACGAAAGUGCAACAGAACAUUGUCACCGAAACUGUAGACAGCGGCCUUCUCGACACCGGUUAUUUAGACCUGUUAAAAAGUUCGGUUAACGAUAAUCACGAUUCUAUAAUUGCGACGGCUACUUUGAACAACGGUGACCAGAUGGAAAUUACGGCUAUGACGUCCGACUUGAUCCGAGAGACCGAAUCGCCGAGUGUGGCGACGUCUUUUACCGAAGUGACGCCGAGUAACGUCAUCACUGGCUCAACUAUCAUAUUCUUCGACGAAGAAGACCAAAUGGACAGCACGCCGAGUUUCGUCCAACCGUCUUUCACCGAUUCGCACAAAGAUCACAAUCUUCAAUCGAAAACUGCUACGCCCACGCUGUCAAAAACUGCUAAGCCUUCUCCGACUUCAGCCAGUCAGACAUACAACACAAAAGUGACAGAUUACGACAAGGACCAAGUGUCGAUACCAGAUAUAGUAAACGGUCCAAUAACGAGUGGAAGCUCCGGAUCUGUUAACAUAUUUAACGGUUUCAACGCCCUCGGCCCUGUUAUAAACGCGAUGGCUGAUUUGUUCCAUUCGAAUUUCAACGGAAAACAACCAAACGUGUCCGCUCCGAGACCGGUGGUCCAUUUCGCACCUCACAACCCUUUUGAAACGCAGCAAAAAGAAAUCGGCACCACCCCUAGAUCGCCGGUUUACAUCCCGGUGGGAGGAGUGUUCGACAGCGAACCCUCAGAGAGUCAACACUACGACGGUCACAACAUUUACCCAGAAGUAAACCAGCGGACGAAACCUUUACGAGACAGACCCAACAUCGAAGCCGCACUGCUCUCGGGCGGAAUUCCCAUAAGCCCUGGUCAAGUGAUUACAACCAACAGCGAUGUAAUUAUCGGAAAGCACGCCGUACACGGUCCUCGCCCCCCCGUCAAGCCCUUCGGAAAAGACAACGUUGAGGGUAUGAAGCCGCCGCCGCCGCCACCUCCUCCCCAAUCUUCGCCGCCGAAGCCCAACUGGCCCCCGAGAGAUCAAGAAAGAUACCCAAGCAGUCACGUACCUCACAGAGUACCUUCGAAUCCCGAGAUACCGAGGUUUCCACCGAAGAGAGACCAUCACAUUGGUGGAGGAACGAUACUGGCUCCUCCUCCGCCCGUCAGAGAUCACUACAUCCCCUUGAGAGAUCGAGUACCCCCUAAAUUAAACGUGCCUCACAAAAAUUAUCCUGAAAUAAAGGUCGACGUCCCGACUGACCCCGAUUUCCCAUACCCCAUCGACUCUCAGAACGAACAGUCGCAAACUUUGGUCAAUCUGUAUCCAGGAAAUAACAAACAUCCUAAAUUACCGCAAAUAGUAAGUAAUCUGCCUGGAUUGAAAUCUCAGGGAGAACAGAACGUUAACUACAACAAUAAAUUGAAACAGCCCCAGACCGAUCACCAAUAUCUGAAAUACAGACCCGUAUUCAAAGUGCCUAAACCUUCAUUUGAAAAACAUGAGAACAAAGACGAACCGUCUCAUUUUAUAAAUGUCAGCGUUUCACAGCAAGUGUAUAAAGAUGAAAAGCUUGAAGAAAACCAAUUUAACCAUCCGUUAUUGGUGAACAUACAACCGUCUCAAGUGGCCAAUGUAGUCAUUCCUCACGGAGUGUCGACAGCGUUGGUUUACAACGGGGAGCCCGAAAAACACAACCAGAAGGGUGAAAUCUUCAACGAACCUUCACCCUACCCGGAUGUGGAAGUAGGGAUGGUCGGUGUCGCCGGCCUGAGCACUUCCAGCGAAAACAAACCGCCUCAUGCCGCACACAUACCCUCCAACGCGAUACGGAUGGACGUCCCUCUUUCUCCUCAAGGGAUUGAGUCCGAAGUUUUCAAGGUUCCGACCAACGACAACAACAAAAGGCGGCCUGUCACCGGAAAAAGGCCAGCGGCGAACUUCAUCCUGGAACACGCUACGGGCUUGGAAUAUAUGACACCCCCUCCACCGCCGAUUUCUGCAUUGGUCAAUUAUCAUUUGGGACACGAUAUCGAGGACCAAGAUAGCGAAUCCUCGGUCAACAGUGAAUAUCACACCGAUGGGAGUGGCGAGAGGAUUAACCAGCCACUCAAGUCGAAGCCUUUUUUCGACUAUGACGGCGAACCAGCACCGCCGAAACCCGCGAUACGACCCGAUAUCAACACGUCCGGCGCAAACGGAGUCAAGUAUUCCGCAAUUAACUCCAGACCGGUCGUCUUAGGUUUCGAAAACACCGAGAAACCUCCUCCGAUCAUUAAAGGGAUACCCAACGUCAACACGUUCGGCGAGGACUCGCAGGCCACAGUCGCAGUGGGAAAACCUACAAAUAUGACACCAAAGGACGACAUGGAUCAUAUAUUGAUAGUCAGCGAUAAAGUAGAUGUCGUCGGCACUUCUCAUAGCCCUUUUGAUUUAAACAGAGACCAAACGGCUCCACAGAACCAACCCCAGCAUCCUUCGGCAAAACCACCAUUCGACAACACCGUUUACGCUAUGAAUAUGGAUGAGAAACUUCCUCUUCCGACUUAUGAAACUCCCCCUCAACUUACAACAUACGAAAUCCCUCCGUCUUCGAAGGAAGAAGACAACACGGCGAGGCCGAUCAACAUGGAAAUCGAUCGAGACAGAAAUUCUGCAUACCAAAGCGAUGCCGUUCUUGGUUUGACUCCGCCAGCGGCGACUCGAUACCCGAACCACGACAAAACGACACAUCGCCCGUCUCAGAGCAGCAGAAGGCCGUUUCCGCCUUUCAGGAAACGUCCGAAUCCACCUCCCUACAAGUUCGAAAGGCCUCUGCCCACAAUCGAAUCCAGGCCCAAGAAACCGACGUUUUUAGAAACCGAGAGACCGCCGCUGCCUCCGGUGCCGACGGAAAUUCUUUCACCUCCUAAACCGACGGACGAUUUUGUUCGAAACGGAAACAAAAACAGGCAGACGACCGACAGAAACGACACCAAGCCGUCAGCGACGUCUCACGAAAGUAUAAACCCCAUUUUAGAAGGAUCUCUCGUAGUUGAACCCCCUGCCAAACCAGAAGUGAUCGCACCAGAGAGUAAAGUCGUUCUUAACAACAACUUCAAACCUGGAGGUCAUCUGAAUAAAAAUAAACCGAAAUAUCCCGACUCCUCUCCGCUAUCUACAAAAUUUUACACACCGACAUUGGCCUCGCAGGAUAAUACAAGACCAUCAACUCAAAAACCUUUUCUUGUCGGAUCGGAAACAGUCUUCCCAGAAGAAUCGUUGCCAACAUCGACUGAGUCGUUGAAACCGACGCUUGUCGUGGAGUCUGCCUCGCCCGUCUCGCCCACGACCUUCGACAGCAGUCCAGCGACUCAAUUCGUUAUUCCAGCCAGAGCGACUAAAUUACACAACAGCAUAAUACCGUUCUUUAUAAGAGACCGUCCAGCGGAUAAGCAUCCACUCGGCUCGAGUCCGGCUGGAAACGUCGGCAACAAGCCUACGACAAAAACAUUCACUGUUCAGAAUAUAAUAGUAUCUCCCGUGGCGACAACUCACGUAGUCACUCAUACGCAGACGUUAACCGUCACGACAACGGAAUCUAAAAUAAUCCAGAGCAAAGGGCAAAAGCCGUCGACGCACACGUUGGUUGUCACUAAAACUUUGACGUCGACCCUACUCGAUACCGUGACAGAAAUCCAUACUCUAGUAAAGCCCACGAGCAUAUUGUCGACAGUAACCACAACAAUGCCGCAAGUAACGACUACAGUGUUUCCGACUAUUACACCACCGCAUCCCGAAUCGACUAAAAUAGUCCAAGAAUCCGACUCGGUGACGGCGGGCACAAACGACAACGAUUCGAUUCUGGUCAUCAUGACGGACAAAGAUUCACAAUACGCCCCUGCUAAAUACGACCCCGACGAGCCACCAUUAGAAAUCGAAGCGCCUGAAGAAGAAGAGGAAGUCAAUCCGAACGUCCUUCUGGGCGGGUUUUUAUCCCACCAUUCUUCAGAUAACGAGUGUAAACCGGACUGUAAAGCGACAAAGAACGAGAGGUGCCAAAAGAUCAACAACAUCAUGAGAUGCGUAUGCAGGCCAGGUUUCGCAAGGAUGUUCCCGGACAGGCCGUGUAAACCUACCUACACGUUCCGUUUGAGCAUCCCUCUCGAAAGAUUAGGCCCUGAAAAAAUCACAUAUUCCCCGACCCUCCUCGACACCAAUUCGACUGAUUAUCAGGCACUUUCUGAAGCGACCAAAGAAGGACUGGACAGAAUGAUAAUGCAGUCUGAAAUACGAGAUGUUUACCACAGUCUUCAAAUAACUGGUUUCAAGCCGGAUAAUAAAGAAGACAACGCCAUGGCCAACUUUUAUAUCCAGCUAUCUGAAAACACGGAUGAGAUGAAGCUCAUGGAGAUGUUUAAAAAGCAUUUGAUGUCGAACAACUUCAGCAUAGGCGGGACGGAUCUUCAUGCGUCCAAAGAGAAAAUUGAACACUUGAGAGCCGAAGAUUUCGAUGAAUGUAAUGAUACGAAAUUUCACGAUUGUUCGGAGAACGCGCAAUGCUUCAACUUACGCGGGACGUACACGUGUAGUUGCAAAGAAGGAUUCACCGACCUUUCUCAUAACACACUUUACCCAGGACGUGUUUGCUCAGCUGAAAUGAUAGGCUGCCAGCGGUGCAACUUCCAUGGGAAUUGCUUCACGAGAAACGAAGAAGAAGAAUUGUGUGAAUGCUUCCAGUGGUACGCCGGCCAAUACUGCCAAAUUAAUCUAAAAGUCAUGCUGCUCAUACUUUCUCUUGUCGGAAUCAGCUUGAUGGUGCUGCUCGUCGUUUGUCUUGUGCUGUCGUGCAUGAGGAGAAGGCCGGUCAGAAAAGCGGCGGCAGCCCUGAGACCGCAAGGUUUCAGGUUCAGGCCACCGAGACCUUCGCCGGCAGACAAGAGAGCCAUGAUCAACAUGGAUACAUCGAGCGAGGCCAGUAUGGAGCACACACCCCCGCCGUACAUCAAACAGGUGGCUUUGAACGCACAGAGACCUAGACCUUGCAGAAAACAGAGCAAAGCUCCUUCGCCGCCACUUAGCUUCCACGGCACAAUGGAACAGAGAGACAGAUCCCUCACUGUUAUGAUUCCGAGGGCAAAAUACAGACCAGUACCAGUACAGCCAAUGUCUACGUUCGGCCCUGAACAGAAACUCCUGAAGUAUCUCACGAUAGAAAAACCGGGAUCAAGGAGUAACAGCAGAAAACCGAGCAGUUCGACGAACCAUUCUCACGACCCUCCGAGUCCGAAGAAAACGCAAAUCCCAUCGCCUUCGAGGAAGCCUUCUGCAGGUGCCUUGGUGUCGGCUGGAUUUGAAGUUUCUGCGACUGUCGGCAGAACGAAAGAAAUCCACGAAUGCUACAUAACCGAACCACACACCGAUUUAGGUCAGACUGGUUUCAGCACAAUAAGAACCGCUGACAGUUCAAUAAUAGUGGACAUACCUCCUCCACCUACAUUAGAAGCCGAACUGCUAGACACAUCAAAAAUUGACUUACUGACCGUCUCGGAAGCAAGAUCGUACGAUGAAACAACGAUCCAUCCCCCGACGAAGUGCCUGCAAGGUCAUUAUGACAAGCACAUGAGUGAUGAAGGCCAUACGAUGGUAGAACGGGACAUCGGCUCGACUUUUGUCAUGCCCCAGUCGCAUCUUUACAAACCUGACCGGGGUAAUGGAAGUGACAUAUCCAAUUUUGACUCCCUUUGAUAACCCAGAAUUAGUAAGGAACUGAACCAAAAUUUCAAGAAAAAAAGUUAGUGCCUGAACAACUGUACUCCUAGUGUUAGUACUGAAAUUAAUAAGAUUGGUUAGAACAUUCUUUGAGUUAUUUAUCAUAAAAACUUUCUAAGUACCUUUGCUAACCUUUAUAUCAUGGACUAACACGUUAUUACCAUUUUAUGUUAUUAAAAAAAAUAUAUUUUUUUUAAUUAAAAAAAACCAAAUUCAUCGUCCCCUUGCUUGCCUUUGAAACUCGUUUUCGAUAGUCUAGGAAACGAAUGUAUCUUUCUUUGUAAAUAUUUGUAAAGUAAUAAUGAAUUAUUAAUUUAUAUGUCUAGGUCUGUACAUGCGCUGCUAAGUUGACAAUAAUUAUAAUGAGCAUUUUUAUCUGUAAUAUUAUUAUUAAAUAAUGUGAACUGAUUUAUAAAUAGGAAUUGAUGUUCGUUAUGAUCAGAUUCCCGACAUAGAAUUAGGUGUUAGGGUUGCUAUAAAAGAAACAAAAAUACAUAAAUUUAUGUCAAACAAUUUGUACAUAUCGACCUAAUAUUAAAAUGUAGGGGAUAAAUGACGAGUACAGUUGUUUUGAAGAAGAACGAAAAAGUGAAGGAGUAAUAAAAUUAGUUUAUAAGUAGUGCCAAAAGGAGUGUCAUUUUGUAAAUUGUUUUUAAUUUUGUAUUAGCCAAAUUUUAUUUUUUUAGGUUAAAGAAAGAAAAACAUGCAAAACUAAACAUGCAAAUAUUUAUCAUCCAACAUAAUGAUUUACAUUCAUUAUAUGCAUAUCUUUACCUGCAGUAUAUUAGCGUUUUUGAAUGUUUUUUUCACCCAUGGAGGGAAAAAGUAUUUUAUUAAGUUAAUGUUAUUGUAAUUAUU